GCCUAGUCCGAGAGGACGAAUGUUACACACUGUAGUAUGGCUCAUGUUGCAUGAGGCUUUAUCUCUUUCUUUAUCCAAACGUUAACUGACAAAAUCCUCAGAAAGGGAAUUCCAGCUUCUACACAAAUGUCAAGUUAAACAAUCCUUCGAUGCCUUUGUUGUUAAAAUUCAGUUUUUACUCUCAUUCUCACUCUUCCCACUUCUUAUCGUCAACUGCCAUGGCAAUGUGUUCAAGCUUCUGUCCUCAGAUCCCUCACCGUCUUAAAGGAAAACCCUUCUUUUCUUUUUCCUCAAAGUCAAAACCUUUGUUUCUUCCUUUCAAGCUCAUCUCUUCUCAGGCAUCAAAUGUUACAGCUAAAGCAGAUGCAUUGUCAACUCGUGUUGGCUUUCUUGGUCUUGGAAUUAUGGGUUCUCCAAUGGCACAAAAUCUCUUAAAAGCUGGAUGUGACGUGACUGUUUGGAAUAGGACCAAAAGCAAGUGUGAUCCUCUCAUCAACUUGGGUGCAAAAUAUAUGCCCUCUCCUGAGGAAGUUGCUGCAUCUUGUGAUGUCACAUUUGCCAUGCUUGCGGAUCCUGAAAGUGCAAUUGAUGUUGCCUGUGGCAAGAAUGGAGCUGCAAAUGGAAUUGGUCCUGGCAAGGGGUAUGUGGAUGUUUCAACAGUUGAUGGUGGUACCUCCAAGUUGAUUAGUAUGCAAAUCAAAGAUACUGGGGCAUUAUUUUUGGAGGCUCCCGUAUCGGGCUCCAAGAAGCCAGCAGAAGAUGGACAACUAAUCUUCCUUACUGCUGGUGACAAGUCUCUUUAUGACACAGUUGCUCCAUUUUUAGACAUUAUGGGGAAGUCAAGAUUUUACCUUGGUGAUGUUGGAAACGGAGCAGCUAUGAAACUUGUGGUCAACAUGAUCAUGGGAAGCAUGAUGGCAUCGUUUUCAGAAGGAAUACUUCUCAGUGAGAAAGUGGGACUUGAUCCAAAUGUUCUAGUUGAGGUAGUUUCACAGGGUGCCAUCAGUGCACCGAUGUACUCACUUAAAGGUCCAUCAAUGACUAAAUCACUCUACCCUACUGCAUUUCCGUUAAAGCAUCAGCAGAAGGAUCUGCGACUUGCUUUAGGAUUAGCAGAAUCUGUUUCUCAGCCUACCCCUAUUGCUGCAGCCGCGAAUGAACUAUAUAAGGUGGCAAUAUCUCAUGGCCUUAGUGACCAAGAUUUUUCUGCAGUUAUUGAAGCAUUGAAAGCUAAAAAGUGACAAACAAAACUGUAUUUUAUGAGAGCUAACGUAUAAACACUUUCUUUAUCAAAAUUUUCGAAAUAAAAGAUAAAUAUCUUCGUACU